UCUGGGGGGCAUUAGAACGUUUGGCACGAAACUGGGUCAGGCAGGUUAGAUUUCACAUGUGCGGAUAGUAUUUCUUUGUUUUCUUAUUUAAUAUUUUGGAAGACGGAGCGGGACUUGAAAGCGGAUUUGGAUUUCUUUUAGACCUUGUGUUGUUUUUGUGGGGAAAAAUGGAAACGUGGACAUUACCCGAACUGAAGACUUAUCUACACGAGCGUGAUGUGCCGGUGCCGGCGGACUCCAACAAAAAAAAACUUGUUGAUCUGUGUUCCUACGUCAGUAGGAUGGACAUUUCUGUCAGAGAACAUGAUCAAUCGUACUCAGAGAGCAUCCUACGGGAGAUCCAAAGGAAACUGACCCUUGAGGGGGGAAUUAUCAACCUUCCCCAUCCCUACAUGGUAAACAACGGCUGGUCCGAGAAUCUGACAGCGAUGCAGUUAACAACACCAGCUAUAGAUACUUUCUUCAGGAAAGCCAACCGAGACAUCAGUCUCCUCACGGAUGGUACGGAAGCAAAGAGGGAGGGCUGGAGCCUGCACAAGUCAGGACAUGUUAGUGGAGUGCUCACCAUGAAAGUGUCUCCAUCAAUAAACUACUCCUUCAUCAAGGGACGUGUCAGACGUGAAACGAAAACUCGAGAAUCACCAUGGCUGGGAUGGAUGAUAGUGAAUGAGAGAACUUGGGGAGUUGAAGCAGCAUAUUGUCAUUGUCCUGGCGGGGUACGAGGAACAUGUAAACACAUCGCCGCUCUCUUGUACUCGGUGUGCUCCUGUGUGGCCAAUGGAGAAUCUGUUACAUCAAAACCCCAACAAUGGGGUAGGCCAUCCAGCAUACAUCAACCAGAGUUAAUCAGAAACAUCAGGAUCAAAAAGGCGAAAGCGUGCCUUCAUGAUGACGAAGUGACAUCAUUCAAGAGAUUCAACUUCGACCCCAGACCACCCGUAAAGCGUGUAAGGAAGCAGAUACAGGACUAUGAUCUUGAUGGUCUGGCGGAUACAGGCCCUAUGAGUGCGAUUCUCUUAUAUGCACCACGGCAGGAAGAUCCUUACAGGCAGCAUCCCUGCUUAGAGGACAUUGAUCAUACAGAACAAUGUUAUGCAAGUGAGACACAUACACCCCUGAGCCUCCCGGAACUGGCUACAAAAAUAAAAAAGGACAAUCCAGGAAUAAGUGAAGAGUGUUUUCAGCAACGGCUGGAUAUUGAGAUGAGGGUAAACCCUGACAUGGGAGAUGUAAUUGAAAAGCAAACAAGAGGGCAGACGGACUCAAGCAUGUGGACAAAACAGAGACAAGGGAGAAUAACUGCUUCUAGACUGUUUGAUUGCACAUCCAAGGUUUCUGGGGGGAAGAUAGUUCGUUCUGCCACUUCGGUUUUAAACGACAUUAUGGGUACAACACCAUUUACUUCACCUGCCACAUCAUGGGGCAUUGCCAGAGAAGAAACAGCAGUGAAACACUUCGUUCACAAAGAGAGCAGAAAACACAAAAAUUUCACAUGCGAACGGACUGGUCUGAUUGUGUCAACUAGGUGUCCCAUCCUUGCAGCCUCACCUGACUCUGUGGUGUCUUGUUCGUGUUGUGCUGGCAGAAGGCCAGUCGAAGUGAAAAAUCCUUGGACAUUACGUAAGCUGACAGUCACACAAUAUGCAAAACACAAUGGAACGUGUCUACAGGUCACAGACGAUGGAAACAUUGUGCUGAAUUCAACUCAUAAAUACAACUACCAGCUACAAGCACAGAUGUUUGUUCUUCAGGCUCAGACUGGGUACUUUGUCUUAAAAACCACAACUCACCACGACAAUUUGUUUGUACAAGAAGUUAAGUUUGAUGCAACUCUAAUGCAAAAUGCCCUGGCAAAGGCACAUGUCUUUUACAGAGAAGUUGUAAGCCCUGAAUUGUACUCUCCAUCCCAGUCUGUCAUCUGUCCUCAGUCUGUCAUCUCUCCUCAGUCUGUCAUCUCUCCUCAGUCUGUCAUCUCUCCUCAGUCUGUCAUCUCUCCUCAGUCUGUCAUCUCUCCUCAGUCUGUCAUCUCUCCUCAGUCUGUCAUCUCUCCUCAGUCUGUCAUCUCUCCUCAGUCUGUCAUCUCUCCUCAGUCUGUCAUCUAAAAUU